AUCGGCGGAGACGCGCAGCGCGGCCCCGUGAGAGCGCGCGCUCAGUGAUGGAUCAGAUCAGCGCAGCGGGCGUCGCUUAUAAUCAGGAUUUAACACACAAGACCAUCCUGGUGGGAGACAGUGGCGUGGGAAAGACCUCUCUACUGGUUCAGUUUGAUCAAGGCAAAUUUAUCCCUGGAUCUUUUUCUGCAACAGUGGGAAUCGGAUUUACGAAUAAAGUCCUCACGGUGGAUGAGCUGAAGGUGAGAUUGCAGAUCUGGGACACAGCGGGACAGGAGAGGUUUCGGAGCGUCACACACGCGUAUUACAGAGACGCUCAGGCGCUUCUCCUGCUCUAUGACAUCACCAGCAGAUCCUCCUUCGACAACACGAGGGCGUGGCUUACUGAGAUCCAUGAAUAUGCUCAGGAUGAUGUGGUCAUCAUGUUGCUUGGCAACAAGUCAGACAUGGCCAGCGCUCGAGUGAUCAGACGAGAGGAGGGAGAGAAACUGGCCAGAGAGUAUGGAGUCAUUUUCCUGGAGACCAGUGCCAAAACCGGACUCAACGUGGACGAGGCCUUUAUGACGGUGGCAAAAGAGCUGGUCAGACGCUCGGUCCAGCUGCCCAUCGAGCCCAGAUUUCACCUUCAUGACCUGAUGGAGCCGGAGAAAGAGUCAUCCGGCUGCUGCGGCUUCAGCUAGAAACUAGAAACCAUGAAGCACAGUGAAGGGUGGAAGAGAGCAGCACUCCCUCCUGUCACAACCAGCAGAUGGUGCUGUCCUGCACGUGAUGUUUACUAGUUCAGUGCCGCCAAUCAAGAUACUUUGUAGCUGAUUUAGAGACUUCCCCGCACCUUUGAGACUUUUUUAAAGUUUAGUGACAAAACUUCUUGGACAAACCUUAUCUAAGUUCUCAUCUUGCCCACUGAUUUAUACUUAUCUUGUGAUUUAGGAGUAAAACAUGCACUGGUGAAAGAUCUGCUAUAAUAUAAUGAAUUAGUUGUGAUUUUAUAUGCAGCUUCCAAUUUGUUCCAGAACCCUGCUACUCUUAAAUGACCCUGAAAGAAGUUUUUUUUUGCAGCAGAAUGGUGUUGUGUUGACAUCUACCAGCUACUGAAGUUGACCAGCCUAACCUUUCCCAAUGGUUACAUAUUACCAUACACAAUAAAUGUCUUAUAGUAAAUAGAUAAAUGUCACUAGAGUACUUAAUAUGCAUUUUGUUGGUGUAUGUAUGCUGCGUUUGAAUCUCAGGAUCUGGGAAUUUUAUGCACCAACAGACGCUUUGAAAAAAAUAUUGCAAAUCUCUAUGAAGAAUAUAUGCAUUUAUCUGUUAAUUAAUCAGAAUUACUAUUUGCAUUGAAUUUAUAAAUAUAGUGAGGAAAUGCAUAUUGAGAGAGUGUAUAUUUAUGCCUGUUUGUGUCGAUGUGCCUGUGUGUUUAUAUCAGACUUUAUUAUCAAAAAACUGUUUUGUAUUGCAUCUGUUUUGCUGAAAUCAGAACACUUUGCACAGUUUCGUGUCCGAUGUCCUCAGGACUUUUCCUGUUUUUGGACUGUGAAAUGCUUUAUAAAAGAUCAGUUGUGUAAAUCCUGAAGUGUCUGUUCCUCAUGGACGUGGGUUUUGUUAUUAAAAAUGUUUUAUAUGCUUA